CAGAUGUAGUGUGUACAGAUGUACCACCACUAAACCACAGUAACAGAAGUAGUAUGGUUUACGUGGAUUCAACAUUGUUAGGGUAAGGAGUUUGCCAGACCUUGGUUGGACUGUGAUUGAGGCUACGUACUACUUGACAGACAGACUUCAAGACAAGGAAAAAGGAGAGACGGACACUAGACUUGUCAUCGCUACAUGCUAACACCAAAAGGGCAGGAGCCAGACUGUCUUGAGAGUGAGACAUCAUCUUUGGUUCAUCUUACACUCAUCUCAUGAUCACCAGUGGAUUGGAAAUCAAUAGUCUACAGUGACGUCAACUGGAGUGCAUCCAACCAUCUCACAAGACGGUCACGCCCUCUCUACCGCAGGUCAUUGACCCCAUGAGAGAUUGAUUGAUGAAUAUUAUAACCGUUGCCAGCGAGAAUGAUAUUCAGUUAGCUGUUAUUGCCUUGACCCAUAAUCAGGAGUGUGAUGGUGUUGAGUUCUUCAGGCCACUUCGUAUCAUAGGACAAUCAAGAAAGAAUCAUGAUUUGACUAGGACGUCCCUAUACGAUUUGAUAAAUCAGUGGAACACUUGUGAUAUGCUCAAAGUGGUCAAGAAGUGACUGCAGACUGGUACCUGACAGUACUAUUGAGAAACACACACCAUAGAAGCGAAGACACCAGACCGGGUCACCCUUACUGCCUUGGGCAAGUCGCGGCGGGCAGGUUGUCUACAACUCUCCCACAAUGCAUCACCACAGACCAAUACCAUGCUUACUGUUAUACGCAGCGUUACUAUGGAUGAUGAACUGCUGUUGCAGUGCAGAAAGGACUUCAUUGAGGGGUCAGGGGUUAGGGAGGUCGCGACCCCAACACCAUUCCAGAUAUUGGAAACAAUCGGCCAUUAACAGAAAGCCAAAUAUAGUACUUAUCUUAACAGAUGACCAGGAUGUCCUACUAGGUUCCAUGAGUGCAAUGAAUAAAACCAAAACGGUUUUAGGAAAGUUUGGGGCGAACUUUGUGAACGCGUUUGUGACGACGCCAAUGUGUUGCCCGUCCCGCAGCAGUAUUCUGACCGGUCAGUACGUACACAACCAUCAUGUAUACUCCAACGUUGACCACUGCGGGUCCAACGAGUGGGUAAAUGGUCCAGAAUUACAAACAUUUGCAAAGUAUCUUAAGGAUGCUGACUAUAGAACAGGGUAUUUUGGUAAAUACUUAAACAAUUACAAUGGAACGUAUAUACCACCAGGCUGGACGGAAUGGGUUGGGCUCGUACAAAACUCAAAGUACUACAACUACACUUUAUGUAGAAACGGCCAACUCAACCAACAUGGAUUCAACUAUUACAGGGAUUAUCUUCCCGAUUUGAUUGCCAAUGACAGUCUGACAUUCUUCAAGAUGUCGAAGAGGACAUACCCAGAUAAUCCUGUUGCCAUGGUGAUGUCCUUCCCAUCACCCCACGGGCCAGAGGACGGAGCACCACAGUAUCUAGACAUGUUUGAAGGGAACCAUCUACACAGAACAGAGACAUGGAAUUUCAGAGAAAACAAUGACAAGCAUUGGUUGCUGCGAUAUCCACAUCCUUUGACUGAGAGGGAGAUGACCUUUACGGACAUCUUACAACAAAAACGUCUGAUUUCGCUCCUGUCGGUUGAUGAUGCCAUAGCCAAGCUAUGCGGCGUUCUGGAUGCAGUAGGAGAACUGGAAAACACCUACAUCAUCUUCACAUCAGAUCAUGGGUACCACCUGGGGCAGUACGGCCUGCCCAAGGGCAAAUCUCUACCCUAUGACUUUGAUAUCCGCGUUCCUUUCUACAUGAGGGGGCCAAAAAUACCACCCAAUAUUGAAGUUCCAAAUAUAGUGCUUAAUAUUGACCUGGCACCUACCAUUCUGGACAUAGCGGGGGUGGAUGUCCCUCCUAUCAUGGAUGGUGUGUCUAUAAUGAAGCUGUUCAAUUUAUCCAACUACAGAGUAACAGGAAAGAACAAGAAGCGUAAAUGGCGCUAUACCGGAGCAGAACCAUGGAGGUCUAGCUUUCUAGUGGAGAGAACGCGUUCUCCUGAGGACUUAGAGAGGAUGUAUAAGAGGCUGUUUCACAUCCGUAAGGAGAAAGAGGAUCGACUCAGGGAGCAAUGUAGAGACACACCUGAGCUUCAAUUACCUUGUAAACCAUUCCAGGACAAAGCUUGUAUGGAAGAUGAAAUUACAGGUGUACUAAAAAUCAAGAAGUGUCGACGGCCGCCUAAGAUUCGCUGUCACUGUGUGCGGAGGAGCGAGACUCCAGCUCCGUCUAGUAAAGCUAAAGGAAGACGAUUUAAGCUUAGAGACAGACCAAGCACACAGGCAGCCCUGACUCGAGAUGAGAAACGCCAGCAGAGAGAUUUCAUACGGGAGCAUGUCAGUCAAGCAAAUCCACCUUUUCGCUUCAUGAGAAGCAAACGAGAGUCCGAAAUCAUAGAAGAUGAAGAUUUGUUCUUCAUCGACGACGCUUUACUUCAAAACGAGUUGCUGAAUGAUCCAAAGUGCCAGGUGUAUCGAAAUGACACAGUCAUGUGCGAUAAUGAGAUUUUUGAGUCCAGAAAAGCAUGGGUCAACCAUCGGAAGCUGAUUGCUGCUCGUGUUCGUCUUCUUCGCAAACAUCUCGACGACCUGAAAGAAAUCAAAGUAUUCCUUAAGGACACCAAGCCACCGGUUUCAGAAAAGUCUGAGAUUGAAAUUGAGAUUGUUCCAGAGGAGCCGUACAAGAAAGACAAACCAGAGAAAGUGUGUACUUGCGAUAACAUCGACGGGGUGAUAUCAGAAGCGCAGGCUAGAGAGCUGGAGAGACUGGGAGAUAUCUAUCUGGAAAAUAAAGGAGAGUUUGUGCUGGAGGUACCGAGCAGCGACAGAGGAUCCCGCUCGGCCAGAAGUGUCCCAGCGUUCGGAGAGUUCGUCGAGGAUGACAUACAGGAUGAAAUCUCGGUCAUUCCGGCGGAUACUUUAUCUCGCAAACAGAGGAAGUUCCAAAAUAAACAAGACUGUCAUGUGGAGGGCAUGAAAUGUACAUCACAUGACAACGAUCACUGGAGAGUCAAACCAUUUUGGACGUUGGGUCAUCUCUGUCUGUGUCUGAAUUCAGUCAACAACUCCUACCGUUGUCUUCGCUCUAUCAAUGAGACCCAUGACUUCUUAUAUUGUGAAUUCAUCACGGACUUCUUAGAAUAUUUUGACAUGACUGAAGACCCUCAUCAGAAAGUAAAUGCCAUCACUGAAAUCACUGACGACCACAGAAAGUUCAUGAGGGACGAACUUCAGACGUUAAAAUAUUGCACAGGAGCAAGUAACUGCACCGCUGCUUACAAAAGUAACAUGCCAAGAAAGACAGGCUCUUCGAGGAGACCGCUCAAAAUUCAAAAUUUCGACAGUCACCUCUGGAAAAAAUGGCAGCGGAAACGAAAGCGAAACCGAAAAAAGUCACACAAACGGACUGCCAACCCCAACAGUGACUGACCAAUCAUCAAAUGCCCCUCCAACUGCCCAAGUUGAAUCAAAAUCCGAUGUUACCUUAGUCCCAUUCCCAGGUCAAACAA